GAAAGGGAAGUGACGCCUAGCAAAGGGUUCCCGGAAGCGCCUUGAUCCUGUGUGCGAGAGAGUGUUUUCACUUUUUUAUAUAAGCAAGUGGAGGGGUUGCAGCAGGAGAGAGGUUGCAUCCUGUCCCCAGGUCAGUAGUUUGGCCACCUGCCCUUCCUCUCCACUGCUGUGCUGCAGCCCCAUAAGAAGCUCUAGUAUGUGGCUGUCAAGUAGCUGAGUCUCUUCCCCACAGGGGAAGAAAGGCCUGGCUGUGCAAUGCUGCUGUGGCUGACGCCCUGAGAUGGCAAAAACGGGCACAGAUGAACUUCAGUUACCACUGGAAGAGCCCGCAUCACCGGUCAAAGACGAGUGGUCGGAGGCAAGGCCAGAGUCUCAGAGCACUGUGAAAAUUGAGGUGGUUUGCACAGACGAUGGAGAGAGCUCUACGCACAGUGCGGCUGAGGAGCCAGCCCGCAAGCGCAAGAAGGGCCCUGCCCCAAAGAUGUUGGGCGAUGAAGUGUGCAGUGUGUGUGGGGACAAGGCCUCAGGAUUCCACUACAACGUUCUCAGCUGCGAGGGCUGCAAAGGCUUCUUCCGGCGCAGUGUCAUCAAGGGGGCACAGUAUACCUGCAAGGGCAGUGGGCAGUGCCAUAUGGACAUGUACAUGCGCCGAAAGUGCCAAGAGUGCCGUUUGAAGAAGUGCCGGCAGGCAGGCAUGCGAGAGGAGUGUGUUUUGUCGGAAGAGCAGAUCCAUAAGAAGAAGAUCCGUAAACAACAGGAGGGAGAAGGGGCAUCAGGAGGGGAGGGGGGUGGAGGCGAGGUCCUCCGAGUACCACCUCUGCCCUGUGAUCCUGCUUUGCCCCAGCCUGAGCCGGCUCCCCUCACGCCCCAGCAGGAGGGCAUGAUCCGGCAGUUGGUAGCAGCACAACAGCAAUGCAACAAGAGGAGCUUCAGCGACCAGCCCAAAGUCACGCCCUGGCCUAUGGGUAGUGAUCCCAACAGCCGGGAGGCACGCCAGCAGCGGUUUGCCCAUUUCACGGAACUGGCCAUCAUCUCGGUGCAGGAGAUUGUGGACUUUGCCAAGCAGGUGCCGGGCUUCUUGCAGCUCUCUCGGGAGGACCAGAUUGCGCUACUCAAGGCCUCCACCAUCGAGAUCAUGCUGUUGGAGACAGCAAGACGCUAUAACCACGAGACCCAAUGCAUCACGUUUCUUAAAGAUUUCACCUACAGCAAGGACGACUUUCACCGUGCAGGUCUGCAGGUUGAGUUCAUCAACCCCAUCUUUGAGUUCUCCCGGGCCAUGCGACAGCUCCAGCUGGAUGAUGCCGAGUACGCCCUCCUCAUUGCUAUCAACAUCUUCUCAGCGGACCGGCCAAACGUGCAGGACCACGGCCUAGUGGAGGCCCUGCAGCAGCCCUACAUCGAGGCUCUCAGUUCUUACAUCCGCCUCCACCGCCCACAGGACCAUCUGAUGUUCCCACGCAUGCUGAUGAAGCUGGUGAGCCUACGGACCUUGAGCAGCGUGCACUCUGAGCAGGUCUUUGCUUUGCGGCUUCAAGACAAGAAACUUCCACCACUUCUCUCUGAGAUAUGGGAUGUACACGAGUAGACGUUUUGAGGAGGGGGUGGAUGGGGGAGGAUACAGACCUCCCUCCCUCCCUCUCUAUUGCUCUCUCUCACACACACGCACACUUUUCUCUCUAAGCCCCGGGAGACGUGGUAUCCUUCUAAGGAGUCUUUGAACCUCAGCAUUAAGACUUGUAACUGAUGGACUAUGAUCCCACCAGAGGAACUUCAUCAAGGGGGUUUACUAAGCACUUUCCUCCCAAUUCCCCUUCUACUUGUAUUCCCUCCGAUGCUUGCCUCCCCUCAGUUCUGGUUUUGGGGAGGUGUCAGUCACGAUUGUGCUUUUUGUGUGUGUGGUGGUGGGGAAGUGCAAAGGAGCUUCUCCCCAAAGACUUAUUCCUCCUGGUAAUGAAAAAUGAACAUCACACUCGCUCACACAUACACACACACAAAAUACCAUGUGGCAUUAUAGGUUGACAGUACCCACAUGUGCCCCACGAGGGAGAGGAAAGUAUUGCAGUGGGAAAGGGAGAGGGGUUUGCCAUAUGCCUAGUAUGUGGGGCAGAUGCCCAGACAAAAUAAACUCAAUCAUGACAAACCAA